AUGAAGAGGAUGAUGAUGAUGAUGAUGAUGAUGAUGAUGAACCAGAUUCUUCCUGUGAUGAAGAUGAAGAUGAAGAUGAAGAUGAAGAGGAAGAGGAGCAGACUCUGUUAUGAGGUGAAUCUGGAGCAUUACGUCACCCUCCAGCAUCCUCGCCUCUGAUUGGUCGCUCUUGCAGCUGCCUCUGAUCCUAUUGGCUGAUCCGGAGUCAGCUGCUGCGGACCUGACAGAGGACAGGAGGACAGGGAGGGAUGCUCCGGAUCAGAGCGGCGGCAGGACCCGGUCCCGAAGAAACUGGAUCACCGGACCCUCGGUAAAGCGGACACGGACCCGGACCCGGACCCGGACCUAGAGGGACCGAGGCCGGACUGCGGCUCGUAGCGGUGGAGCUGGAGCAGCGGGACCAGGAGACGGAGCAGAGCCUCGGCCUCCAUCAUCCUCCAUCCUCUCCGCUCCACCUGCCCCAGUGCAUCAUGGGACCUGCAGUCCUCCGCGUGCUUCUCUUCUCCCUGCUGACAUCAUCAGUGUGGGCCGCGGUGGGCGGGGCCAGUCUGGAUAAAGAUGGCGGCGUCCUGUGUCCUCUGCAGUGUGUGUGUGAGACGCGACCUUGGUACACACCACAGUCUGUUUACCAGCAGGCCCGGACGGUGGACUGCAACGAGCUGCACCUACACACACUGCCAGACAACAUCUCACAACACACACAGGUUCUUCUGCUCCAGAGCAACAACAUUUCCUCCAUUAAUGAUGAACUUCAGAGUCUGAUCAACCUCACAGAGCUGGACCUGUCCCAGAACCACUUCACACAGGUGAGCUCCAUGGGUCUGGCCUCUCUGACUCACCUGGUGACUCUGUACCUGGAGGAGAACCAGGUGGAGGAGCUGGAGGACUUCGGUCUGAGGAACCUGUCCAGUCUGGAGGAGCUCUACAUCAACCACAACCACAUCUCCUCCAUCGGACCCAGAGCCUUCUCCGGCCUCGCCAAGCUGCUGAGGCUCCACCUUAACUCCAACCGCCUGGUGGCCAUCGACAGCCGCUGGUUCCAGUCGCUGCCGUCCCUGGAGAUCCUGAUGAUCGGGGAGAACCCCAUCCUGGGUCUGGAGGAGAAGAACUUCCUGCCCCUGUCCCGCCUCCACAGUCUGGUCCUGGCCGGGAUGGGACUGGCCUCCGUCCCCUCGGCCGCCUUCCUGGGCCUGGACGACCUGGAGAGUCUGUCCUUCUACGACAACCAGCUCAGGUCUGUCCCCCGGGACGCUCUGAGCAUGCUCCCUAACCUCAAGUUCCUGGACCUAAACAGGAACCCCAUCAGCCGAGUCCAGCAGGGGGACUUCCAGAACCUGCAGCACCUGGAGGAGCUCAGUCUCAACAACAUGGAGGACCUGCUGAUGUUGGACCGCUGGUCUUUCCAGAAUCUUCCUGAAUUGUCCAAACUGGAGCUGAGUAACAAUCCUCGUCUGUCCUACGUCCACCCUGAGACCUUCAGUGACCUGUCCUCCCUGCGGACUGUCCUCCUCCAUAAUAACCAGCUCAGCCUCGUCUCCGGGGACGUCCUGUCCUCGCUGCCAUCCCUGGAGGAGGUGUCCCUCCACUCCAACCCGCUACGCUGCGACUGUCUGUCCUCCUGGGGACGUCGCCUUGGAAACCAGACGUCCCAGCUGAAGCUGCUGGAGUCCUCCAUCACCCUGUGCUCCUCGCCGCCUCCUCUGAUUGGUCGGGAGCUCCAGGAAGUGGUGGUGGCUGGAUGGCGAGGGGGCGGGGCCAGCAGCUGCCUUCCUCGCAUCUCUCCACACGCCUUCCCGCCCACCAUGAACGUCAGCCGAGGACGGCCAAUCAUGCUGGAGUGCUGGGCCGACGCUGACCCCGCCCCCCAGUUCUACUGGGUGACGCCCACUGGAGACAAGGUGACCUCGGAGGCCGUAUCGGAGGUGGGGGGGGGCAGGAGGAGGAAGCAUCGUGUCUUUGAGUCGGGCUCGUUGCUGAUUGAGGAGGCGGAGCCUCCAGACUCAGGUGUGUACACCUGUGUGGCCUGGAACGCAGAGGGGGCUGACACCAGGAGCGUCUCAGUGUCUGUGGACUCCCAGGGCUCUGAGGGGGGGGCCUGGGGGGGCUUAGAGCCCGGCAGAGGGCAGCCCUGGCUGGGGAACUGGUCCAGCACUGCAGCCUCUCUGGUGGUUCUCGCUAAGGUGGUUCACGCCCACUCGCUGGUGUUGGAGUGGAAGUUGUUUCCCAGUGGAGGAGCUUCGUCUGUGGGUCAGAACCAGCAGGACGCCCCCCUCCCUCUGGGCCAGAGGACCAGUGCCACCAUUCACAUCCACAACCCUCAGAUCAGCUACACAGCCAAGGUUCCUGUAGAUGUGCAGGAGUAUAACCUGACUCACCUCCUUCCGGCCACCGAGUACCAGGUCUGCCUGAGCGUGUCCUCCUCCGGCCUCGCCCCCCCCCCAGUCCUGACGUCCUGCGUGAACGUGACCACGGAGGGGGCGGUGCUGUCUGUGGAGCUGGUGGCGUCGCGGCGUAGCAGCGUGGCGUUGGCGGCCGUCCUGGGCUCCAUGUUCGCCGUGUCCAUCAUGGCUCUGCUGCUGGUCUACAUGGGACGACGCGUCCACAUGAACAAGAGCUGCGGCCCCUCCCUCAAGAAGUACAUGCAGCACAGCGCCUCCAUCAUCCCCCUCAACGAGCUGUACCCCCCCCUCAUCUCACUGGGCGACGACAAGGACAAGGAGGAACCCGAGGGGCGGGGCCUGGGGGGGGAGGAGGAGGAGGAGGUGGGGGGGAGUCACAUAGACACUACAAAGACCUACAUGUGGUAG